ACACAUAACAGAAGUUUGUAUUUGUGGGCGCAGAGUUAGAGAGGAUGGAGCUCAGCUUUGUGCUACUGUGCGUGACUGCAACCAUAGCUGCUCGCUGUGAGGGCGCCAUGAUUUGGCACGAAGGCAGACCGGUUGAGGAGACGGAUCUAGAGCUCACGGCCUCCGACUCAGACUCCGGAAACUGGACUGCAAAUUUGGGAGACAUGGAGGUUAAGAUCGAGCACAGACACGAAGACGGCAGUGCUCUGCAAAACGGGAUUUGGACGUUGGACGUAGCCCGCACGUUCUUCGAAACGGAGAAAGAUGACCGGUAUUCGGGAAAUGUUGACCCGCCGGAAGAGGAAAUCACCUCCCAAACAAAUACAUCACAGGAAGAAUUAGAACAGAAUACGGCUGAAGAUACAGUCAUUAGUGAAGCAAGGGGCAAAGAAGCUGAAAUAGAAAAUGAGAUCCCUGUGGACGUGAGAUUGGCCAAGAAAGACGCUACAAAAUUUUCCCUUCCUCGAGUGAGAGAGCUCCCCAUUCCUGGUGAGCAGCAUACAAUGAGCACACGUGUUCCAGAGAAUCUUCACAACAGUGAAGAGCAAUAUGAAUCCGAUGAAGUAAUCUUGGAUUCAGAUAACUUCGAAUACUUCAAAGACGUGGGCUGGUUCAAGCUGGACGACAGGCAUUUGGAUUGGUCAGAAGCUCGUGAUGCGUGCGCAGAAGUCGGUGCGCAUCUCGCUGCACCUGACACACUUGACCGUGUCAAUGUUCUCUUAAAGCUGUUCCAGAGACAUCCAGAUAUCCCUGCUAAGGCCAUUCUCCGGCAACAAGUUUAUGUUGGUAUCAGCGAGCCCAGUCAGAACAGACAUUUCACAACCGAACAAGGCCUGCCUUUCGCGUCUGAAUUACCGAUCUGGUUCCACAACGAGCCUGACAACGCACCUCCUGGAGAAUACUGUGUCACAUUCCACAUCGAGGGUAGAGCGCAAGACGUCCCCUGUUUCUAUAGGCUUCCGUUCUUCUGCGAGAAGUCCCUCGCUAGGAUGUGUAGAUCUGCAGCUAUACUUGCCUACUGUGCACUGAUUUGUUGUGGGUGUUGUGCUGAUUUACAGUGCUCCUCGCUUCGAUUCAGUGACCUCAAGUUCUCAAUCAAGAGUCUACGGAACCUCACAGGACACUGGACUGCUGAGGUGCAGUUGAGUCACGGCGCUGGACAUAAAGAGACGGGUCCUUGGGAGGUGGACAUCGACCACAUCACUUCCAAAUGUGAGGACACAGAGUCCAUCCUGAUAGUGGCCAAAGUCACAGGCCCUCCACAACGACCGGGUAAGGACUACGAGCUGGUACCAGGUCUGGGCUACUAUAAGCUUCACACUUCGGGCAAAACAUGGCUAGAAGCGCGUGACAUUUGUGUCCAGGAAGGAACACAUCUACUCAUCUUGAACUCAGAGAAGGAGGCUGGGGUCAUAAGAAGCAUCUGGAAGCGUCAUCCUAGGCUGUUCGAUGGAUGGAGAAACUCUUGUGCUUAUAUUGGAAUCCACGACGAAUACGCCGAAGGAGAAUAUGUUACUUUGUUUGGAGAGCCCCUCAAUGGUACUGGGUACACCACAUGGGCCCAAAAUGAACCCGGCGAGGGGACGUCUGGGAAUUCCGGUUGUGUCGGCAGAGAGGGUGCCCUGUAUGAUACGAACGGAAACAACGAGCUAGCCUUCUUCUGCGAACAAGAACUUUAGCAUCAAUCAACAUGCACGGACUUUUCUUAACUUCCUUAGUAACAAGAGAAAGUAGAGAUCCUAAAGAUGUCAGAUGGAAUUCUAUAUGUAAUGCAUAUUGUAUUUUUAUUUUCUGUAAUACUGUCCCUGGAGAAAUCAGCUGUAUAUUCCUGCUUAAUGAAUUUUAAUUUUCUGUAUAAAAAUGUAUUC